AUGGAUCACUACAUCACCCCUCCUGCCCCUGAGAGCUCCUCAGACGACAAGAACAUCUCAGACAUGGACAAGAUCGAAGCUGUUCGUCGAAACUCUGACGAAGCCCUUGGCCAAGUCAUGGGCCUAGACCUUGAGAAAGAAAAGACAGCCCAGGGCGAUGCCUACUUUCAUCGUCUGGGCUGGAAGCGCCUCACUGUCAUCCUCAUCGUCACUGCCAUCGCCCUUGGUAGUCUGAGUCUCCCCGGAGCAUACGCAACGCUGGGGAUGAUACCGGGAGUCAUUGUCACGAUCGUUUUCGGGUUCGUCGCUAUCUAUGCUAGCUAUAUCAUCGGCCUCGUCAAGCUCAAGUACCCCGAGGCCAAGAGUUAUGUCGAUGUGGGAACCCUUCUGAUGGGGAAGUGGGGUGAUGUAUUGUUUAGUGUCAUCUUUGUGUCUUUACUUACUCUAGUUGUUGGAUCACAUUGCCUAACGGGCACAAUUGCCUUUGUCACCAUGACAGAAAGCGAUGUGUGUUCUCUGGUUUUCGGGGUCAUGUCGGCCAUUAUCCUGUUGAUCCUCGCUAUCCCACCCUCGUUCUCAGAAGUUGCCAUCUUGGGUUAUAUCGACUUUGCCUCUAUUCUGAUUGCUAUCGGAAUCACAGUCAUAGCUACAGGGGUGCAGUCGUCUGAGCCAGAGAAUCCCUGGUCUGCCUGGCCCAAGGAAAACAUCAGCCUUGCUGAGGCUUUUGUUGCAAUUUCAAACAUUGUUUUUGCCUAUGCGUUUGCUAUUGGACAAAUAUCCUACAUGGAUGAGAUGCAUACGCCAGAGGACUUCACAAAGUCCAUCUCGACCUUUGGCGUGGUCCAGACCACCAUUUACACGCUUACCGGGUCCCUUAUCUACGUCUUUGUUGGACAGGACGUCAAGUCACCCGCGUUGCUCUCGGCUGGUCCCCUAAUUUCAAAGAUCGCCUUUGGCCUCGCGAUCCCAGUCAUCUACAUCUCGGGUUCCAUCAACACAACUGUCGCCGCCCGGUUCAUUCAUGGGAGAAUCUAUAAAAACUCUAUCACACGUUAUAUCAAUACAGCCAAAGGAUGGAUUAGCUGGAUAGUAGUUGUCACUGCCAUUAGCCUUGUCGCUUGGAUUAUUUCUGAGGCGAUCCCUUUCUUCUCGGAACUCCUAUCGCUGACUGGCUGUCUUUUCGUCGCGGGAACUUCGUUCUAUAUCCCUCCAAUUAUGUGGUAUUACCUUCUGAGGGAAGGGAAAUGGCACGAAAAGCAUAACUUGUGGACGGCGAUGGCAAACCUUACCGUAUUCGUCCUGGGCGUCACCGUCUUUUGCAUCGGUACUUACGCCAGUGUGGUGGAAAUCAUCAAAAAGUUUGAUUCAGGCUCCAUCAGCAGGCCCUUCUCAUGCCGAUGA